AAGGACCAGAAUCUCAAUGAGUAAGCUUUAAUGUAAGGUAUGGGAUAUUCACAAGUGCAUGAGUGGCAGAAAAAAGGUUAGUUUUGCUUUAAUUUUUUCUUGAUGCUUUCUGACCCGACACUAUAUAACUUGUGUUUGACUUUUCUAUAAUAACUGAAUAGUGGAGCUCCCUGACAUGCAACAGAACUGGUUGUUCAUACGCACGCUGAUAAAAAUAGAAGUGUACUGUGUGAUGUGCUCAUUAGCCUGCUGCCCAGAACCACGUCAGACAGGUGGAAAAACCAGGUGGAGGAAACUGGAGCCAGACAGAGGAAGACACGCUGUCACAUCCUUGAGAUCAGAGUCAUUCUCUAAACCCUUGACUUGUCUACAUUUUCUCAAGAAUGGAUGAAUCGACAAAAAGAGUAGUUGUCUUGGGAAAAACUGGAGCUGGGAAGAGCAGCCUGGCUAACACCAUUUUUGGAGAGACUGUGUUCAAGACAGACAGUUCAGCCAAGUCCGGUACGACAGAAUGCCAAGCAGAAAACAAAUGUGUCAAUGGCAGACGCAUUAUGUGGAUCGACACUCCUGGGUUCUUCGACACAGAGAGAGCUCAGGAGGAGAUGAAGCCUGAAAUACUCAGGUGUAUCAUAGAGUGCGCUCCUGGGCCUCAUGUUUUUCUCAUCCUGCUUAAAGUGGAGAAAUUCACCAAGCACGAACAGGAAGUCGUUGAAGAGAUGCAAAAGUAUUUCUCAGAGGAAGCUUUAAAAUUUGCCAUAGUUCUCUUUUCUCAUGGCGACCAGCUCCCUGAGGAAAUGAAGAUCGAGGAGUUCGUCGAACAAUGUGAAUAUCUGAGGGACCUGGUGAAGAAGUGUGGAGGCCGGUGCCACGUCGUUGACAAUAGAUACUGGAAGACCAAAGAGCAGGAUGAAUACAGGACCAACCAGUUCCAGGUGGAAGAGCUUCUCAAAACAAUAGAUAAACUUAUUGAAGAGAACAAAGGAGGCUGUUUUACCACUGAGAUGCUACAAGCAGCGGAAAGUGACAAACAACAAGAACAAGAGAACAUCAGACGAUCAUCUGCAAACAAGUCAACUGAGGAGAUCAUAUACAUGGCUAAAACCGAAGUGUUGGCAAAGCACAUGUUUAAAUUUGCAGGUGUUACAACAGGAGCACUGUUGGGAGCCUUUCUUGGUGGAACAAUAAAAUUAAGGCAAGAUACGGCAGGCAAAAACAUCAAUUUUUUAUGCACUGGUCAAUUUUGAGUUUUUGGGCGAGUUCACUCCCUGAACAUGUAAUGUUUCUAACUACCAUAAAGAAAAUAUCCAAAUUGUACAUUUAUGUGUAUAUUUUAAUACAUUUUGUCUGAUCACGGCAUUAUAUUUAGUUUUUUUGAACGUUUAUUUGAAGAAAUGUCUCACCUUAAAAGAGUGUCAGGAUGUCUGAUCUAAGCAUGUUAACCUUGACUAAAAUGAAAUGUAAAAAGUGGAAGUGUAUUUUAGCAACAACUUUUUUAUAUUUGUACUUUUUUUUAAGAAGGGAUAUGGAUGGUUAUUGUUAUUAUUUAGGAGAGGAAAUGUUUUUGAUAUCCAUGAUGAGCACAUGUGUGCUGAAAAAAAACUUUUGAUUCUGGAUCUUUCAUGGUGGAUUUUUCUUUGUUCAAACAUAUGCAACAAUAAAUCAGGAAAUCCAUCAAGUGUUUACUAGAGUCUUUUGUUUCAGCAGUGGGUGCAUUGAAUACAAUUCAUUUAGCAGAGGUUCGUAUCCAAAGCGACAAACAUCAGAGAGUAAGUAAAACACAAGUAAGGAUCUGGAGAGGAGGAAACGACAUCAGUAAGUGCAACAAAAUCUGAUUG